AUGGAAAUAGAGUCCCAUAGACACCAAAAAUAAUCCACUUUCCAAUGCUCUAAAGAUAGAUUAAAAUAAAUUAAUAAAGUCUCUCAGUAAGAGGCCUCAAACACACUUUAUAAAAAAAGUUGCUUGUUUGCUUUUAAAGACCAGAAAAUUAAAUUUAGAUUUCCUUUAGCUGAUGAACACAAUUUAGAUAAUAAUUCAACAUAGUAAGAAAUAAUCGAAUAAUCUUCUUAAAUCAAAGUAACUGGAAAGCAUAAUUUAAAGACUUAGGAUUUUGCAACCAAGUCUAUCGAGAUUGAGGAAGAAAAUAAGGAGAACAUAAAUGAAAUUCUAAUUGAGCCACCUUCAUAUCAAGUAAGUAAAAUUACAAUACCUACUUAAACUGGUUUUUUCAAGUAAUUUACUCAGCAAAUCUAUGGUAAACUGUAUGAACAACAAUUUUGA